CCAUGCGUCGGAUUCUUGCGAGUUUUUCCCUAAUUUCCUUUGUGCGUAGCUCACACCUCUGCUUGCGCCGAAAUGCCUAAAAUCCAAGCUCCAUAGCUGGAUCUUCCUAUCCACGCCAUUCUACAAAUCUAACGAUAACUUCGUUCCGCUACUGCCGCCGACGUCGUUUUCUCGGCCAGUGUCUUCUCUUAAGAUCUUUAGUUUGGAUGAUUAGCACUGGUAUUUGUUAUGGGAACGGAUGAUUCCAAAGACUUACUGAAAAAUGUUGACUGGAAAACUGUUGGCAGUCUUGAUGCUACUGACCCGAGUGGUCUAGCUACAAGGAAAAGACUUCCAAAAAAGAUUAGGCAGGUCCCAGAGUUUUAUUUUCUUCCUAGAAGGGCACUACCUUCUGCACUUGCCAUCUACGGGGCUUGUUGUGCUGCUGGAGUUGGUGCAGGAAUGCUGUUGGAAGUUUGGGUGAAGAAAAGGAUUAAAGAGGAUAGCGAUGUCAUUUGGGAGAUCUGAAAGUGGAUAAUCUUGUUUUUGCAGUUACAUCGGCAGUGCUUGAGAUUCUCUAUCUAUGGAGUUAUCUUUUCAUGUAAGAUUCUGCAGUAAUUUGCACAAAGCGGCAGUCAUGUUUUGAUUUUCUUUGCAGCAAUUAGCGCUCACUCCAUCUUCAAGUGAGUGAAAUACAAACAUGUAUAUUUAUUUUCUUCCAACUAUAACGUUAUUCCCUGACAAAUUGAAGGCUCAUAUAACAUUGGGGCAUUGAAAAUUGCGAAAGAUAGUAGAAAUGGAAUUGGAGCUCUAGGAAUUCCAUAUUAGAGUUUUAUAGUUGGAAAUAAAUAUGGAAGCUUUGAAAA